AUGAUUCUUGCUCAUUGGCAUGUCGGUAGACGAAGUUUGAGACGUCAAGCUACCGCAUCAAUGCCAGCUGGAAAAAAAGAAGUUAGAAAAGAGCGGACUGGUGCCAUAAGUCAGAAGAAGCUGCAAAAGUCUGAGCGAAUAGGCCUCAAACAGGUUGCGGUGGUCAACAGCAAAAACAGUUAUAGUAGGCAUCGACGACGAGAUGCUCAAAUACCUACGAGAGCCUCUUUACCGGUGCCACUCGGCUCAUCUGCAUGCUUCAAGUCGUUGUUACUUGAAUGUUGUCAAAUCUUGUUUUGCAUCUCUAUGCUAUGGACCUCUACCUCAUGCAAGUUCUACACUUCUUCACAGGACGGAUUCUUCUUGCGAACAGCUGUAGAUUCAAUUAUGAAUCAACGAGUAAUUAUGUCAAAACUCUGA